AUGGUCUCGAGCGAAGUUCAAUACACCAAGGAUCGGAAGUAUCCGUCAUCAUGUGUAACUUCCAUAACCAAACUUGAUAUCAGAGGAAUACGCUCCUUCGAUUCCGCCGACCAUCAAACCAUCCAGUUCCAUGCCCCCCUAACACUGAUCGUCGGAAUUAAUGGAUCCGGAAAGACCUCCAUCAUCGAAUGCCUCAAGUACGCUACGACGGGUAUCCUGCCUCCGAAUACCAAGAACGGCGCUUUCAUCCAUGACCCCAAGCUUAAUGGAGUGAAGGAGGUGAUGGCACAAGUCAAGCUUGGGUUCCAUAACGCAUCACAGGCAAAGCUAGUGAUCAAUAGAAGUCUCUCCCUCACAGUUGCGAAAGCCUCGGUCAAGCAAAAGACACUCGAGUGUAAUCUUCUCAUCAAGGCCAGAAAUGGCGAACGAACAUCGAUAUCCACAAAGGUCGGCGAGUUGGACAAGAUUGUACCGCAGCAUCUUGGAGUCUCUUCAGCCAUUCUGGAGGCUGUCAUAUUCUGCCAUCAAGAUGAAUCUCUCUGGCCAAUGAGCGAACCCUCCAAGCUCAAGCUUCGGUUCGACGAGAUUUUCGAGGCUCAGAAGUACACGAAGGCUAUCGAUAAUAUCAUCAAGAUCUUCAAGCUUCAGAAGAUUGAGCUAGGCAAGCUCAAGAUUCACGAGGCAAAUUUCAAGGAACUCAAGGACAAGGCAGAGCGCGUGAAGCAGCGGUCUCAUGAUCUUCAAGCCGAGAUUGCUGCCCUUGAGAUCAAGCAACAGUCUCUCAAGGUGGAAAUCGUUGCCGCAGAAAAGAUUUCUCAGGAAAAGCAUCUUCUCAAGGCCGAAGCUCUCGGCAUCGCAGGUAAGUUGGAGCAGAAGAGAAGCCAUGCUGAAUUUCUCCAAAGCUCCUUGGAUAGUUUGAGAACCAAUUUGGUCGAGCUCAAGGAGUCCGAUGAGUGGCUUGAGGCAACCCUCAAUCAAUAUGAGGAACGAAUGGCUCAGUAUCGAGAUCAGGCAAAUGAGUACGCCGAGCAAUACCAAAAGCUUCUUGACGAUGCCAAAGCCUGUCGAGGUCGAAUUUCUCAGAAGGAGAUUGAGCAAGGGCAGCAUCAGGCUACGAAGCAGGCGUACGAGGAGAAUCUAGUCAAGCGAGUUGACCUCAUCCAUUCAACUUCCCAGGAGUAUUCUCUCCGUGGAUAUGAUGGCGACCUUGAGGAUAGUCAGAUUAGCGACUUUGUGCAGAGAGUUCAGAAGCUUUCGCGUGACAAGGAGCGAGAGCUGGAAAGCGUGAAGAAGGCCACCGCGGAUGAGUUACGGCAAACCCAAGGCAAUCUGACCAAGCUCGACCAACGCAAGGCUACUCUUAACCAGGAAAAGGUCAAUGCUAGCCAGGCAAUCACCGCAAAUGACAAGAAUAUCCGCCGAAGACAGGCUGAUAUGUCUAGCAUCAACAUGGACGAAGGCGCCAAGGCUAAGCUUGACACUGCACUCAGCGAUGCAGAGGAGAGCCUUGCCAAGGCUAACAGCGACUGGGAUGCCGCUUCUUGGGAUCAGAACUUGAAGGCUGAGAAGGCGAACCUCAAGGAACUGGAGCAGGAGGCAGCUCGAUUGGGCGAAGAGCUUUUCCAGAUCAACAAGCUGGCAAAGGACCGUGCUGCACUUGAGUAUGCAAAGAAGGAAGCAAAGAAUGCUCGCAAGUCUCUCGAGACAAUGAUUUCGACUCACCAAGAGCAACUGAAUGAGCUGAUUGGUGGAGACUGGACCCCAGAUACGCUCCAGGAGGAAUUCGAGGCCGUCCUCGAGCAAAGAACUCAUACAGUCAAGGAUCUGAAGUCUCAGCAGGAUUCUGCAGUCCAACAGCUCUCGCAAACUCAAUUUGAGCUCAAGACCGCUCGAACAACUGCCACGAAGAAGAAGACCGAACUGGAAAAGAAUGAGGCAAAAGUCCUGGCAUCCAUCACUGAUGAGGAUGACAACGCUAUCACAUCUCUUGAGCAGUGGAAGGAAGAGUACGAAUCCUUGGAACAGGAUUACGCCAACCACAAGAGCGGUAUCGCCGGUAGCAGCGCUCUCUUGAGUAUGUACACCCAGUUUCUCAACAGCGUGAACUCGAAAGACUGCUGUCAGCUUUGCGAGCGAGCUUUCACCGACCAGAAGCAACGUCACUAUGCAGCUGCGAAGUUGGAGAAGUUGGUUGCUAAGCAGAAUGAGGCCGAGAAGAAGAAGGACUUGGACGAGGCUGAGGCACUAUAUAAGGCAGCUGAUCGAGUCCGUCCUCUCUAUGAUGUGUGUAUGAAGUUACGUGACGUCGAGAUUCCCGCUCUUGAAAAGGACAUCAAGCGACUUGAGGCUGAGAAGACUUCUCGAGUCUCGACCGCCGAACGACAGGAUCGUUUGCUCAACGAUGAGGAGUCUGCCAAGAGAGAUAUUGAAGCCCUGGGCAAGACUGUCAACGACAUCACAGCAUACAACCGUGACAUCUCCAAGCAUGAGAAAGAGAUCACCAGGUUGGCCUCUCAGGAGACUUUCACCAGCACUAUGUCGAUUGAAGAGAUUCGAGAGCAGUCUGAUGCUUGCAACGAUAAGAUCAGAAUUCUCAAGACCAAGACAGAAAAGAUGGAUGUAGACAAGGAGAGCGCAAGAGUUGAGAUCGUUACCUUGGAGAAGCAAGUUGGGAACUUUUCACAGCAAGUUGCCAGUGCUAAGCAUCUCUUGGAGAAGAAGCAGGCCCUUGCCGCUGUAGUUGAAGAACUUCGCGAGUCUAACAAUCAACAACGUAGCGUUAUUAGCAAGGCUGAUUCUGAGCUCGAGUCCCUCGAGCCUCAAUUUGCCAAGGCGAAUGCUCAACAUGAGGAUGUCCAGCGAAGAGGUAAUGCCAAGGCAAAGGAGGUCCAGGGCGACAAGGAUAAGCUUUCCCAGACUGUGAACCGAUUCAAGCUUAUUGAAGACGCAAUCAAUACAUACAUUGACAAUGACGGACCAGGACAGAUCGAGGCUUGUGGACGUUCUAUCAAGCUCCUCAAGAAGGAACUGGACCGCUAUGAGAAGGAAACCCAGCAAGUCACCAAGAAGUCUAAUGACCUGAAGACUCAACUUGCAGAUGGUGACAAUACCAAGAGAAGCAUUCAGGACAACAUCAGAUUCCGUAAAUCGGUCAGAGAUCUGGAGUCUGUGAACGGAGAGAUCGCCGAACUGGAAACUCAUAACGCCACUGAAGACUACCAUAGAUAUCUUCGCGAGGCCGCUGCCGCCGACAAGCGUGUUGCAAAGUUGACUGCAGAAAGAGGUCCUAUCAUCGGAUCUAUGUAUGCCAAGGACGAGGAUCUCGGAAAGAUCAUGACUGAAUGGGAGAUCGACUACAAGGAUGCUGCCGCAAAUUAUCGCAAGGCUCACGUAGAGGUUGAGACUACCAAGGCUGCCAUUGAGGACCUGCAGAAGUGUUCCAAGGCAUUGGACAACGCCAUCAUGCAGUUCCACAGCGUUAAGAUGGAGGAGAUCAAUAACAUUGCCGCCGACCUUUGGCAGAAGACAUAUCAAGGCACUGAUGUCGACACUAUUAUGAUCAAGUCCGAGAAUGAGAAUCCGUCCACUGCAUCCUCAACUAGACGAAACUUCAAUUACCGUGUGGUCAUGGUCAAGCAGGAUGCUGAGAUGGACAUGCGUGGUCGAUGCAGUGCUGGUCAGAAGGUGUUGGCAUGCAUCAUUAUCCGUCUCGCCCUUGCCGAGUGCUUUGGAGCCAACUGUGGAGUCAUUGCCCUCGACGAACCAACCACCAAUCUUGAUCAGGACAACAUCAAGGCUCUGGCUGUGUCUCUCCACAAGAUCAUCGAGAGUCGAAGACACCAGCCGAACUUUCAACUAAUCAUCAUCACCCACGACGAGGAGUUCUUGAAGGAGAUGAAGUGUUCUGAUUUCACAGACUCGUAUUACCGUGUGUCCAGAAACGCGGCCCAGAAGAGUGAGAUUGAGAGACAGAGUUUGACGGAUUUUAUGGGAUAG